AUGCAGCCAGGCGGCUCUGUUCGGGACGCGGAGCCCGAACGCGCUGGCAGGCUCUCGCACUGGGCCACAGGUUCUGCUGCUGCCGCCGUUUGGGGUUGGCGUGUGGCCCGCCAGCGGGCUCUCAUUGGCUGGCUUGUUCUGGACUCCCCCAGAGCCCCAGACGACCCCUUUUACCACUCGGUGGAACCCUAUACGAAGAAGGAGCUGGCCGCCAUAACCGUGCCCGAUAUAAUCCGCACUUACAAGGUGAUGGCGGCGGAAAAUAUUCCAGAAAAUCCACUGAAAUUCCUGUAUCCAAAUAUUCAGAAGGACCAAGCCUUUGGAAAAUACUACUCCAGACCCAAGGAACCUUCUGAACCCAUGGACGUGGACGGUGGCGGAAAGGGAUACAUCAAAACUGAAUUAAUCUCUGUGUCUGAAGUCCACGCGUCCUCCAAACUGCAUAUCCCAGAAAAUCUUUUGCCUCUGUCCCCUGAGGAAUUUGAUGAGUUCUCUCGGGUGGUGAGCCCUGCUGAAAUCAUGAUGUAUUCAAAUUGUGAACCAUAAGUGCCUCCUCGGGAGCCUGCAUAGAAGCAUGAGUCACCUUCCCAUCUGCUAGUCUGCAGCUAGUUGAGAUCCUCGCAAGGCUGUAAGACUGGCCUCAACCGGUCCCUGCAAAGAGGAUCUGCCACGAUAAUAUACCUGCGCGCCAGACCUGCUGAGCUCUACCUUUGUGUUCGUUGCCGCUUCAAAAACUGGAAACGUUUUCACUUGUUUUCAAGAAUUAGUUGUUCAGUAAGUAGGUCUUCACUCUCGCUGUCUCUUCCCCUACCUGUAUGCUUCUUUCCGAGUUCAUUUGGUCAGGUGGGGCACUCCGGAAAAAAUAAAGGGGGCGUCCCGCACC